AUGUGCUCCACUAGCAGCACAGGGGAUGUUUUGCAGCAGGUCAACCAGUUUUGGUCCAUGUUGGAUGAACUUUCUGAAAAUGACCCAGCAGCGUAUCGCAUGUUCAUUGACAAACAGAUGAAGGAAGGAGCUGAAUUCAGUGCACCGCCUGAGCUCGACACCUGUUUGUGCACUGAAAUUUUGGAGCCCAAGAAAGGGUCGCUGUACAUCAACAUAUGCAGCUGGAGACGUGUGCCUGCACCUCAGGAUCCCAGCAGGCCUUUACCUGUGUGUGCAGGGAAGCCGGAAACAGACACAGAUGAAGGCUUGUACACUGUGUUGGAUGUGGCAUUAAACUAUACAGUGCUACAGGAAUGUAUGAAAGACAAAACAGAAUUGUAUUUGCUGGCCCUGAGCUGUGCCCAGCAGCAGCUUGGGAUGACAUUAUCCCAGCAGUAUACUGUCGUCAGCUGUAGCCCAAGAAGUAGCCCAGAUGACUUGCAUCGCCGGCUUGGGUUUCGACAGUGGCCUAACACCUCCACACAACCAGACACUGCCAGUCAGACCCCAGCUGCCCUCCUACAGCAGAUCUCCUCUCUACGCUCACAGAAACAACACGAAGAACCAGCAGCCCAAAUUAUCUGCAGACCUGCAGAGCACAAAAAGAAGGAUUUGAUCCAGGUCAUCUCCACUACAUUUGUGCAGCCUCAGAAGCCUGAGUACCAACUCGAGGUGAAAACCGAUACAGAAGGAGUUGCUCGCAGCAUGGAGCUGACAGUGGAGCUGCCAAAGGUUUGCUCCAUGUCAGAGUGCCAGCUGAGAAUCUCCAAGGACGACGUCUUAGUGGAAGUGGAGGAUGUCUACUAUUUGCUUUUGGAAUUCCCCAAAACUGUGAUCGAAGACACCGCAUCUGCCAUUUUUAACAAGAAGAAGCGAACGCUGACUUUGAGAGUGGAUGUUUUCUGACUGUUUGGACAAACAAAUGCGCACCGAAGUAAACAGUCAAGCUGAGAAUGUGCUCAAGAAACUGUGAAGCUUGGACUGAAGUAACCAGCCAAAACAAAUUCCUACUAUGCAAUCUAAAAAGUGUUGUGAACACAUUAUGCUACAGAGGGACUCAUGCUCUGCCUCAAAACUUCUGCUACCAAACAACAAACAGCUUCCCUGUAAAGUAAUCCGCUCCCAAAACCAAAGUGAUGUUUUUACUGAAUAUGCCACUGUGUCUCUUUGUGCUGUGUGGGCUGAUCUGCAGCAGCAAAUGUAAUUCUUAACC